AUGGAGAUGAAAAGAUGGAAAAUAAAUUUCAUACAAGGCCAGACCCAAAAGACGCCCCUCGCUCCAGUCUCGUUCGGUGACCCUCCUCGGGCUGGCGUAGCGCAAUUACGCUCCAUCAAUGUCGCUAGCUGCUCCGUUUGCUGGGUACGAGGAGCGCUUUGGAGCUCCAGGGCGCUGUGGGCUUCGCCUUGCCUCUCAUUGGGCAGGAUUGGCGUGGCGCCGCCGCGUACUCUGCGCUCAGAGGUACCUGGAGCAUGCCCCGAGAGGCCUGCGCGGCGUGGGUACUGCCCGGCGCAGGUACCGCGUGAGAGCCAGCCCCAUGCCCAGCGCCAGUGCCUCCGCCAGCUUCUCCAUCUCGAGAUCCAGCCCAGCCCAGCCCAGCCCAUCCUCGCAUCCGCCAUCGCGACAUCCAUCCGCGCACAGUACCGUGCCAGUACCAGUACCAGCGCGCCAGUAACCACCUCUGCUCUAGGUAGCUCUCAUCCACAACUCGCAGUCAAUGCCUCCUCCGACGCCGACGACUCCCCCCGUGGCCGCCGCCGAGCCGCCAUGGCCGUGGCCAAAUCCAGAGCCAUCGCCAGAAGCGCGAAACCUCAGCGACGCCGAAACAGAAACGAGCCGUACCCAUGCCAUGGCAGCCGACGCAGCCAACCAGCCCGCUUGAACUCGUCAGCCCUUCUCGUCGUGCUUCUCGUCACCCCCCUCCUUCAGCGUCCCUUUUUCUGGGGCCGGGGGGGUUCCCUUCCCUUUCUGCUGCUGUUCUUGUGCACCUCUCCUGGAACCCAUAACCGAUUGCCCCCCCUUCUCAUUUUAGCAUCUGGUUCAUGUCUUCCAUGCGCUGCUCUCUUGUGCUGUGCUCGUCAGUUGUACCGCCGGCUUCUGGCCUGGUUCCGCGUUUUGAUGCUAGGGAUGCAUGUCAGCAAAGCGUUCCUUGCCUGGUCCGGCGGCGUUUUAGCACCGCUGGCUGGGCUCCUUUGGCUCUUUUGGCUCUUUUGGCUCUUGUGGCUCUUUUGGCUCUUGUGGCUCUUUCGGACGCCAUCCAUACCUCGCCGGUACGUACCACUUUGGCCAGACGAGGGACUAGCGGUGCGAGCUAGCGGUGCUACUGCCAUGAAUUAG